CAAGAUCUGACGGCUUCCUUAUUCAGACUACGGUUGCCUUCCUACGCCGGCGUGGAGCCAUGCCCGCCGAGAAGGAUGAAGCCAAGGAGCCCCGGGCGCGCCCCAGACUCAUCAUCUUUAUGGCUUCUUUCCUCGUUUCUCACAGUACUCUCUUCAGUGUGGUGUGCUGCAUCGCCGGGUUGAUUGCGCUUUUGCUUCUUCCUAUCCUGGCCAAGAGCACCUAUAUAUCAGAGAACGCUCUUAUGCCUGGUUCUGCUAAUCCUGUAUUUUCUGGCCAAGAUGUAUCAGAGGCAAGCAGACUUGUUAAGGAUAUUACUGAAACACAAAAAAUGGGAAAGACGACAGGGAUAGAAAUUCAAAGAUUAAUUAUACAGCGUAUGGCUGAUGUGGGUGCUGAAGUCUAUUACCACAAGUUCCAGUCGCAAAGCAAUCAGUUUCACCCUUUUCGCUUUUUCUCUUGCGACUCCAAUUCAGCAGUGACAGAAAGUAAUAGUAAUACUUCAAAUGGUCUCAAUACUGUGGGUAUAAUACGUGCUCCUCGUGGUGAUGGUAAAGAAGCCAUAGUUUUAGUGACUCCAUACAAUUCAGAAUAUGUCAAACUAAAUGACGCAUUAUCCUUAGGCCUUGGUUUUUCGAUCUUUUCACACCUUAGCCGUGUUUCAUGGUUAGCAAAGGAUAUUUUGUGGCUGGCUGCUGAUUCACGAUAUGGGGAAUAUUCCUCUGUUUCUGCAUGGCUGAAAGAUUACCAUAACCCUGUUUUCUUCAGUUCAGAGAAUGUAGAUGCAAACGUAACUCAUGAUAAAGAUUUUCUUAACAUGGAGAAUAAGAACAUGUUAAAUGGGAGAAAUGUUGACGUGUUCAAACGUGCGGGCACAAUGGCUGCUGCCAUGGUGUUUAAGGUUGGUGAGGCGAUGGAAAGAGAUCCAAGGGAUAUUCUUACAAUUUAUGCGGAGGCGUCCAAUGGCCAGAUGCCAAACUUAGACCUUAUCAAUGUUGUCCAUUAUUUAGCUGUUCACAGACAAGGUUUUCGUGUAAACAUUGGGAAACUAGCUUCUUUAGUAAACUCUGCAUGGCUUAAUCUUGUUGGCCAAAUUCUGGAAUGGCUUGGUAACUUAGCGAAAAAUCUUAACCCAAAAUGGAACUUUGGCAUUUCAUCAGCUGAUUACGCUGAGGGGGCGGCUACAGUUGCAAGCUCAAUGUAUCAUCAGGCACUUGGUGUGCCUACUGGUUCACAUGGUGCUUUCCGUGAUUAUCAAGUGGAUGCAAUUACUUUUAGCUUUUCAUCCAGAUUCUAUCUGAAUAAUGAAAACAUGCAAUCUUCCUUUAUUUUGAGAGGUGGUAGGUUGAUUGAAGGAGUCAUACGUUCUGUGAAUAACCUCCUUGAAAAGUUUCACCAGUCAUUUUUCCUAUAUAUGAUGACUGCUCCAAACAAGUUUGUGUCAGUUGGAGUCUAUAUGAUCGGGUUUGCCCUACUUGCACUUCCACUUCCUGUUGUCGCUGCUUCACUUUUUCUAAACCAUAAAGCCACAGGCUUUACUGGCACUGAGGAGGCAAAAAUUGCUUUUGGAUCAUGGCAAUGGCUUUAUGCAGCGAAAACUGUGCUUAUGAUAGACCUAUGGGCUUUGAUUGCGUCACUAAUGCCGUAUUUUAUUUCCCAAAUCCCAAACAUAAGCCCCACCGAGAGCACGCUUCUAUGGGUUGCACUCUCUGUUUCUAUCCUGGCCGUCUUGUAUGUGAUCUUGGGUUCCCCUUAUUCACAUUCGGGUAAUGUUGAAUGGCAAACUCUUAAAGCCUUUGUGAUUGCUUCUGUUACUAUAGGUAUGGGCCUUAUGUCGAUCAUUAAUUUUGCAACAGCUCAGAUUGGUGCGUUGCUCAUUGUUCCUAUGUGCUUAGUAGUUCGUCCUUUGAAGAAGCAUAUGCAGGGAGCUCUAAUUCUUAGAGCCCUUUCCCUAGUCUGUAAUCUUGUUAUGGUGGUUAUUGGAUUCCCUCCUGCUGCUUUAUUGUUAAUGAAGGGCUUCUCUGAAGGAUUUGAAGGAGUUGGUAUCGGUGCCGUCUGGGAAGUAGCAGAAUUCCUUUGGGUUUGGAAUAGUGCUACUUAUCUAUACGUGUUUCUCGUGCACCUUCCUUGUUGGGUUCUCUGCAUUCAUAUAUUACUGCACCCAUGACUGAAAGUUCCUCUAUGCUUCAAGAUUUACUUCAAAACAGAUGGAAAAUUUUCAUAGCCACCACACCAUGAAGUAUGAUUUUUCCGGGUUCUUUCAUCUACUGACCAAGUAUUCCUCACACGAAUUUCAUUUCCAAUAUAAUCAAUGGUCUGCAGUUUUUAUGAAUGAAGAAUCAUUGCAUAACUCUGAACUUUGAAGCGAAGUACUUCUAGUUACAUUAUAUCCAUUUUCGAUCGAUGAAUUCGAAUUGUAUUACAUGUGAGAUAUGCUUGUGAUGCUAAUCUAAUUCUCUUGUCUCUUUGUACUGAGAACAACAGCCAUAGAUAAUCCUUAUGACAGAACUGUUUGUAUUUAACUCAUCAAAAUGAAACCUCUGGGUUUGCAAAUAUCAGAACUAUAAUGUUGAAUGUC